CAUCUACAAAGUGAAGACAAAAAAAUAAGUAAGAGCCCAAAACCACCAUGAACUUCUCCUGGCUCACCAUCUUCAUCCUGGCCAUCAUCGCCAUGACUGUUUCGGCCAAGAACUGCCCAGCUCCGUUCAAGAAGGAAGGCAGGGACUGCACCGCAAAGCGCACCAUUCGCGGAGAAUGCCCACCUGGAUCCCAAUACAGACCCAAUGUUAACCUGUGUGUUUACAACCACUAAACGAAAUCAAAAUAAAACCAACUCAGACAAAGUGAUUUGAUACAUAUACAACUA